AUGGAUGAGCUACUAUCAUCUCUAAUUAACUUUCAAAUAAAUGAAAAGUUAAAAAACAGUAGUAAUAAUAGUGAUAGAUUAUUAUAUAUAGUUUGGAAUAAUAUAUUUUUAAGAAAUGAAAUUCAUAAACAUAUUUUAAAGUUUAUUGAACAUAAUGUUGUAAAUCUUGAUAUAUCACGUUAUGACCAGUUUAAAGAUAAAUCAUAUAUAACAACACUUAAGUGGCAUGGUGAUACACUACCAGAUAAAAAUGAUUUUCCACCAUUUAUGAAAAAUUUAUAUUUGUACACUUUUAAUAUGUCACCAACAACUUUACCAAAUAGUCUUACAACACUCACAUUCGGUCAUGAUUUUAACCAAGCAAUUCUACCUGGCACACUACCAAAUAAUCUCACAACACUCACAUUCGGUUAUCGUUUUAACCAAGUUGUUCUACUCGACACAUUACCAAAUACUCUCACAACACUCACAUUCGGUUGUGAUUUUAACCAAGCAGUUCCACCCGGCACAUUACCAAAUAGUCUUACAACACUCACAUUCGGUAAUGAUUUUAACCAAGCAGUUCCACCGGGAACAUUACCAAAUAGUCUCACAACACUCACAUUCGGUCGUGGUUUUAACCAAGUAGUUCCACCUGGCACAUUACCAAAUAGUCUCACAACACUCAAAUUUGAUGAUAAUUUUAAUCAAGUAGUUCUACCCGGCACAUUACCAAAUAGUCUCACAACACUCAAAUUCGGUAAUUAUUUUAACCAAGUGGUUCUACCCUGCACGUUACCAAAUAGUCUUUCAACACUUGCAUUCGGCUUUGCUUUUAACCAAGUAGUUCUACCCGGUACGUUACCAAACAAUCUCACAACAUUCACAUUUGGCUAUCGUUUUAACCAAGCAGUUCCACCGGGCACAUUACCAAAUAGUCUCACAACACUCACAUUCGGUUGUGAAUUUAACCAAGUGGUUCUACCCGGCACAUUACCAAAUAGUCUUAAAACACUCACAUUCGGUCAUAGUUUUAACCAAGUAGUUCCACCCGGCACGUUACCAAAUAGUCUCACAACACUCACAUUUGAUGAUACUUUUAACCAAGUAGUUCUACCCGGCACAUUACCAAAUAGUCUUAAAACACUCACAUUCGGUCAUUGUUUUAACCAAGUAGUUCCACCCGGCUCAUUACCAAAUAGUCUUUCAACACUCGCAUUCGGCUUUGCUUUUGACCAAUUAGUUCUACCCGAAACGUUACCAAAUAGUCUCACAACACUCACACUCGGUUUUGAAUUUAACCAAAUAGUUCCACUGGGCACAUUACCAAAUAAUCUUACAACACUCACAUUCGGCUAUUAUUUUAACCAAGUUGUUCCACCGGGCACAUUACCAAAUAGUCUCACAACACUCACAUUCGGUAAUGAUUUUAACCAAAUAGUUCCACCUGGCACAUUACCAAAUAGUCUUACAACACUCACAUUCGGUCGUAGUUUUAACCAAGUAGUUCUACCCGGCACUUUACCAAAUAGUCUUACAACACUCACAUUCGGUGAUUAUUUUAACCAAGUAGUUCCACCUGGCACAUUACUAAAUAGUCUCACAACACUCACAUUCGGUAAUGAUUUUAACCAAAUAUUUCUACCUGGCACAUUACCAAAUAGUCUCACAACACUCACAUUCGGUAAUGAUUUUAACCAAAUAGUUCCACCUGGCACAUUACCAAAUAGUCUUACAACACUCACAUUCGGUUUUGGUUUUGACCAAGUUCAAUCCCUCUUAUUACCAAAUAAUCUUACUACGCUCACACACGGUUUUAAAACUAUAAUAAACAAAACAAAAAAAUAA